UUCCUACCAUCUGUCCAUCCUGUAGUAAUCCCAGACCACAUCUCCCAACCCCUCCCCUCAAUCUCCAACCUCUCAUAUACUGCCCACUUUCACUCUCCAAGUACUUCUUUGUAGCCUCCAACCCCGUCUGGGAGUACAGAUGGGGCUCUUGGCUGCACUGGUCGCUCUGCUCUGCAUCUACACUCCAGCGUGGGGAGAUGAUGGAUGCAGCACAUUUAGACACCUGGAGAAUGGGCAGACGUUUUUUCGUUACAAUGGACUGCUGGUGAUCUUCCGCUGUCGUCCUGGCUACAAGCUCCAUGGAUACAAAACCAACAGCUGUGUGUCUGGGAAAUGGUCCCGGGACACCCCAGUCUGUGUCGGCUCUGGGUGCUCCAACCCAGGACAGCUUAUUCACGGGACAAGCAGCAUGAAUGAGAAUGGCUCCUGGACAGUGUUCAGCUGUGAUAGUGGCUUUCGGCUACACGGGCCGUCAAGGUUAUACUGUAAGGGCCUCACCUGGAACAGCACAAAGCCUGUAUGCAAAGAGUCUGACAUGAUGAGGUCAAUCUCAGGUGUCAGUGUGCAAAACCCAAACAAACAGCAGAACCUCCAGGCUGCUGUGAUUCUGAAGUCCCAGCAACAAUCCCACUAUGACACCCUCGCUAAUACCGCGUCCAAACAAGUGAACCUCAAAUUGGGCUUGCUGUCUCGCACGCCAUCCCAAAUGUCCAACAGGGAGAUGAUUAAAGUGACUGUCCACCUGCAACAGCAUGUUCAGUUUCCCAAUUUUAAAGUCAAAGAUGGAGUCCAAUCAACUCAUCAUGAGGAAACAGGAACUGGGAGGCAUGACUUGGAGGCAGAAAAGGUGGAUGAAGUUGCCUCUACAUCACAUCUGGGUACUACUGUCUCAUCUGCCUUAUCAAUAGUGUCAGGAACAGAUUAUGUGCCAACUUCCCCACUCCACCACAUGAAAUCUGCACUUCCUGUGCCCGGUAGUGAAAAAGUAUUCAAGUUUAGAGAACGUUUUACUUCCCAGGAUGAUGCAACUCCCUCUGUAGUAGUAAUGGGCGCUUCACAAAUUGCAGACGAAGACCAACAGGCUGAAACUGUCUUCCAGUAUCCUCCUUUUUCUCAGCCUGGGUCUGUAGAUAAAGAAGACUCCACCAAGACUUCAACAACUUUAUCUUCUGUUAAUUUAAUUUUUGCCAGUUCUACCUCCCCUUCAUCGCCUGCUUCCUCCUUACCAGCCCCUGUUCCAUCUUAUUCUGCAUCAACUUCCUUAAGUUCCAGCUCCUCUCAGUCCAAUAUGAAAACACAGCUGCCUUAUGGUCCUUCAAACACCUACACCACCAGUGAGCCAAGAUCUCACCAGACUGAAAACCACAACGCCACCUUCAAACCACUUCUGCUGUCUCUGAACCUCAGCAGACGACCCAUGUGCCCGUACCCGCCUGUGCCAGCUCACGGGACCUUCUACUUUCGUAACGUAGACAAUCCAGGUCCCGGAGAGUACAGACAUUACAUACAGUAUGCCUGCUACCCUGGCUAUACGCUGGCUCAUGGAGACAUACACAGCUACUGCCAGCACGGGGGUGCCUGGAGCGGAAUCACACCUGUUUGUCUGGAGUUGACCCCUUGUUCAGUUAACAAUGGUGGGUGUUCCCAGCUGUGCUCUCACUCCCAGCACUACAACCAGAGCUCCAACCAGACCCAGACCAGAACUCAAUGCCACUGCAGAGCUGGAUUCAAUCUGCUGGAUGACUGGCGGACGUGUCGAGAUUUAGAUGAGUGUGUGGAGGGGCCGCACCCGUGUCCGCAGAAAUGCAUCAAUACAUUUGGUUCCUUCAAGUGCAGCUGUAAUGACGGCUACAAACCAACUCAUGAGCAGACCUCCUGCACAGAUGUGGAUGAGUGCCUGCUGCCAGCAGCUGUAACAGGCUGUGUGUUCGGCUGUGUCAACACCCCCGGAAGCUUCUACUGUCAAUGUCCUGUUGGCUACAGCCUUCAGACUGCUGAAGGCCACUGCCAAGAUAUAGAUGAGUGUACUGUUAAUCAGGGGCUCGGGCCAUGUACGGAGCAGUGCCACAACUCCCCAGGAUCCUACCAAUGCGCAUGCUCGUAUGGGCACAUCUUAGCCGGAAACGGGCACAGCUGCAUCGCCGAGUGUCCACCUGGGUACAGGAAGGAACCAAUAACAACAACAACACCUGAGAAUCCAACUGCACAGACCUUCAGGGGGGGGUGUGUUGAUAUAAAUGAGUGUCAGGAAGCAACUUGUGAGUGGCAGUGUGUCAACCUGCCAGGCUCUCACCGCUGCAUUUGCCCUAAAGGAUACACACUCCACAGAGAUGGCCGACGCUGCAAAGACAUUAAUGAGUGCAAUCGGAAGAAUGGAGGGUGUUCCCACCUGUGUGUGAACCAAAAAGGUGGCUAUAAAUGUGCCUGCCCAGCCUCCCAUCGCCUCUCCCCCUACAGCUGGAAGAAAUGUGUACCAAGAACAACAACAAACCCUGCUGGCUAAAUGUAUCAGCUGCCUGUUCAAGUUGAUUAUGAGCAAUUGAUUUCAACUGGUUGUUCUUUAAAACUAGUCUAUUUUCCUAUUGAUUCAGAAAUGAUGUAAUUGAAUUAGUUAUUAAAUUGUCCAUUUAAAUUGUUGUUUAUAAAUUGUGUAUGUUGUAUGUUUAGUUUGUGAAUGAAUAAACAUAAAUGUAUUAAUCAUAAUCAGCGUUUUUAGACACUGACAUAACUAGACAAUGGAUUAAGAGAUAGUUACCGUGGCUGCUAUGUCUGACUUUCCAAUCUAGCACUGCAGAAGUUUACAGUGAUAAGGGACAGAUUUGCCAACUGAAACUUGUAUGGUAGUAAUAUGAAACAAUGCAGCGUACUGAUUUGGGCACUUAGAUAAGUUUCUAUUCAAAACUAAG